AAUACUCUACCGUCAAAUUAGUUAUAUUGUGAAAGUAAUGUAAGCUAUUAUAUUCAGUUACUUUAACAGCGCUCUAGGAAGCAGUGUUCCAGUGCACGUGUCUGGGGCUUUUAUUGUGAAGGACAAAACAGAAACAGGAAAAGAGGAGAAUAGUGCUGAGAGUGUGUAAAUAAAUAAAUUAAGUGGUUUAAUGCGUCUUAUGCAGAAACAGAGCCUCUUGUUAUUAUUAUAUUACUCUUAUGAAGUAUAGUUUGGCUACAGUAAUGUUAGUAAUGUUCUCUGACAUUUCAAAAUAAAUAUUCCACAAAUCUGCUAAAAUCUCCUUUAAAAUAUCUCUCACUGAUGUUCUAAAAUGAUUCUCUUUAUUUUAUCCCCUUGGUAAAGUGCCUUAUUAGCACAUAUUAAAAUUAAUAAAUACAUGUAUUUCCAUUAAAAGGCCGUUAUGGCCAUAAAGUAUAUAAGAAAGGGCUUUAAUCUGAUUAGUGUGUUAACAGCCAAUCAGUAGAGAGGACGAUCUCCUCCUCCAGUUAUCUCCCUCCCUCAGAGUGAGGGGCGUGUUCCUCUCUCUCUCCUCCCACAGCAGGUCACAGAGAGGACGGACCGAACCACUUCACUCAGACCAGAGACUUCACUGAGGACGGACCGAACCACUUCACUCAGACCAGAGACUUCACUGAGGACGGACCGAACCACUUCACUCAGACCAGAGACUUCACUGAGGACGGACCGAACCACUUCACUCAGACCAGAGACUUCACUGAGGACGGACCGAACCACUUCACUCAGACCAGAGACUUCACUGAGGACGGACCGAACCACUUCACUCAGACCAGAGACUUCACUGAGGACAGACUGUCUCAGAGACCAGAGACUUCACUGAGGACAGACUGUCUCAGAGACCAGAGACUUCACUGAGGACAGACUGUCUCAUAGACCAGAGACUUCACUGAGGACAGACUGCCUCAGAGACCAGAGACUUCACUGAGGACAGACUGUCUCAUAGACCAGAGACUUCACUGAGGACAGACUGUCUCAGAGACCAGAGACUUCACUGAGGACAGACUGUCUCAGAGACCAGAGACUUCACUGAAGACAGACUGUCUCAGAGACCAGAGACUUCACUGAGGACAGACUGUCUCAUAGACCAGAGACUUCACUGAGGACAGACUGUCUCAUAGACCAGAGACUUCACUGAGGACAGACUGUCUCAUAGACCAGAGACUUCACUGAGGACAGACUGUCUCAUAGACCAGAGACUUCACUGAGGACAGACUGUCUCAUAGACCAGAGACUUCACUGAGGACAGACUGCCUCAGAGACCAGAGACUUCACUGAGGACAGACUGCCUCAGAGACCAGAGACUUCACUGAGGACAGACUGUCUCAGAGACCAGAGAAAUGAGACAGACGACCAGCAGCUACUGAGACGGAUAUGGACAAACAGAAAGUGCUGGCCCAGCUGAUCUGGGACCUGCCGUCCUUCCUGUCUGUUCUGGACUCAGAGGAGCUGAGUUAUGUCGCUCAGACUCAGAAGAAGCAGAUCUCAGAGCUGCUGAGCCGCCUGCAAGCAGACCACACUGCUGGUCCUACUGUGGAAGAUGCCGAGUACAUGAUCAUGAGCUGUCCGUCAUCGUCUCCUAGUAACGAGCCAGCAGACUCACCUGGGACAGAAGUCCCGUUACAUCAGGACUCACCUUUGUGGCUGAGAGAGGGGGCGCCGCCCCUCCCUCCAGGAGGUCCAGGAGGUGAUGAUGAUGAUGAUGAUGAUGAAGAUACCUACGAGGAGGCAGAACCUUACCAACCGGACACAACCACGUCUAACACUGAGAAGGCGGAGUCAGACAGCAGUCACUACGAGUCUUACGGGGAGGAAGAUGAUGAUGAUAAUUAUGAGCCUGUGACGGACAGUGCUCACUACAUCCAAUGGAGCGCCUCCCAGCCCUGCCUAAGGCCCGCCCCCGAGUCCCGCCUCUGUGGCUACCUGUGGAGGAGGAAGUGGCUCGGCCAGUGGACGAAACAGCUGUUCAUCAUCAGGAGUGACGUGCUGCUGGUCUAUAAGUGUGCUCAGGACCUGCGUCCUCACCUGGAGCUCAGCCUGAUUGGCUGCCAGCUGGUCUACAAGCCCAAGAGCAGCAGGAGGAUUCAGCACCAGCUGAAGCUGCUUCUGGGCUCAGAGACGCUGGUUCUGGGCUACAGCAGCUACCAGCAGGCGGAGGAGUGGAGGAAGGUGAUCGAGGAGGUGAGUUCUGCAGGUGAACAGACUCAGAGCUCGUUGUCUCUGAUCCCUUCAGACCAGCUGCUGUCCUGCAGGUCCAGUUCAGUGCAGAUGGACUCUGAGGAGGAGGAGCCUGCAGCCGGUGGCCUGAACGGACACCAAGGUGUCCUCAGCGUGCUGAUGAACUGUCAGUGGCAGAGCUUGCUGUGUCGGGUGGAGGAGGGGCUACUCAACAUGUUCGGAGAGGAGGAGGAGGAGCAGGAGGAGGUGAAGAGGUCACCUCAGUACACCGUCCAGCUCCGAGGCUGUGAGGUCACCGCCGACCCCGCCCACUCCCUCAGGAUCGCACUGAGCAUGCUCGGUGACCAGCUGGCCGUGCUGGAGGUGAGUAGUUCAGGUGAGAAGCAGCACUGGCUGAAGCAGCUGCAGGAUGGAGCAGCUGUCGGUGGACUGCAGACUAGGAGGUUUCCCACCUCCAACCCCUACAUGUUCGACCCCUUCCAUCUGAGUGGAACAGUCCAAGAGCAGCCCAUCUACUCCAACACCUCCAUCCUGGAGCACAUGCUCCACAGCUCUCAGGAUUCAGUCGGCUUCAGCUCGUCGUCGUCCAGAGACUCAAAGACCAGCAACGUGUUCACCAACAGGAGGGCAGUGGAAGUGGAGCGAGGCGUUCAGAAGCUGGAGCUGACGGGGAAGAGGACGGUGCAGCUAAGGGCGGAGUCAGAGACCAACUUGGCGUCGGCCGGGAGGCGAAACAAACGCACCUCGUUCAGACAGUCGCUGGCCGUCUGCAGUGAGCGCGCUCAGGCGGGUUUCCUGAAUCCUCUGCUGCGACGGACGGCCUCGGCUAAGAUCUCUCUGAGACGAGCUCCUUCAUCGCUGUUCAUCGAACACGGGAAGGUUUUCCAGAGGAGGAAGGAAUGGGAAACCAAAGCUGCUGCUUGACACCAUCCGUCCAUCAUCAUCCUCCUCAUCUUCAUCAUCCUCUUCAUCACCAUCUCCUCUCAACUGAAGAACCCUGUGAAAUCCAACAUGGACUUGAUUUAAACUGAUAUUAUGUUGCAUUAGAGCCGAGCAAUGACCUCAUAUCAACGUGUCACUUAAGUCAAUGGAGGUCAAAAGUGUAGCGACAUCUGUUGGUUUGUCGGUUUUGAAGCUUCGAGUUUAGCAAUUUUGCCGGUUGCCAUCUUUGUUUUGAUCGUCACAUCUUUGUUUUUGAUUGUCACAUCUUUGUUUUUGAUCGUCAUCUUUGUUUUUGAUCGUCACAUCUUUGUUAUUGA